GUCUGGGUUCAGGUCGGGGAGCUGCGGCUGGCAUCGGCUGGGGGGCGUGAUGCUGGCUGGGACCUGGUGGUCCCAAGAGCCCUAUGUGCCACACAGGGGGAGCUCCUCAGUGCUUGUGUGCUGCCCAGGAUGGAGGCAACAAGGAAGCGAGUGUUUAAUAGCUGUGUGCGAGGGGAACUUCACCUGCAAGGAGAACGAGGUGUGUGUCCGGCCCAGCGAGUGCCGCUGCCGCCACGGCUACUUCGGUGCCAACUGCGACACCAAAUGUCCCCGGCAGUUCUGGGGUCCCGACUGCAAGGAAAUGUGCAGCUGCCACCCCAACGGGCAAUGUGAGGAUGUGACAGGCCAGUGCACCUGCAACCCCAACCGCUGGGGUCCCAAAUGCGAGAACGUCUGCCUCUGCAAGCACGGCAAGUGUGACCAGAAGACGGGCAAAUGCACCUGUGAGCCCAACUGGUGGGGACCCCAGUGCUCCAGCUCCUGCUAUUGCAGCCACAACUCCCAGUGCGACCAGCAGACAGGCAACUGCCUGUGCCAGCCUGGCUGGUGGGGCCGCGGUUGCAACAACCAGUGCUCCUGCAACAACUCGCCCUGUGAACAGUUCACGGGGCGCUGCCAGUGCCGGGAGCGGACAUUCGGGCCCCGCUGUGACCGUUACUGCCAGUGCUACAAGGGCAAGUGCAACCAGGUGGAUGGGACCUGCACGUGCGAGCCGGGCUACCGGGGGAAGUACUGCCGCGAGCCAUGCCCGGCUGGCUUCUAUGGCCAAGGCUGCAGGAGACGGUGUGGGCAGUGCAAGAGCCUGCAGCCAUGCACUGUGGCAGACGGGCGCUGCCUGACCUGUGAGGCUGGCUGGAAUGGCACCAAGUGCGACCAGCCCUGCUCGCCUGGUUUCUACGGAGAGGGCUGUGAGAAGCUCUGUCCCCCCUGCAAGGACGGCCACACCUGCAACCACAUCAACGGCAAGUGCUCCCACUGCAACCCGGGCUGGAUCGGAGACCGGUGUGAAACCAAGUGUCGGAACGGGACGUACGGGGAGAACUGCGCCUUCGUCUGCAGCGACUGUGUCAACGGCCAGUGCCACUUUGAGACCGGCCGGUGCCUCUGCCACCCUGGCUCCCACGGCACCUACUGUAACCUGACUUGCCCACCCGGCCGCUAUGGAGCCAACUGUGCCGAAGCCUGCAGCUGCCACGAUGGUGCCUGUGACCCGCUGACAGGUGCCUGCCACAUGGAAGCCAACCAGCGGAUGGGGGUGAUUGGGGCAGGAGCCCUCCUGGCGCUGCUGCUCAUCCUCCUGCUCUCCCUGCUCUGCUGCUGCUGCGUCUGCCGCAAGAAGGACGAAGCCUGCGGCUCCAGCCAGGACCCGGCAGCAGCCAAGAAGCCACCGAGACGCUUGUGCGGGCGUUUCAGUCGGAUCGGCAUGAAGCUCCCACGUAUCCCCCUGCGCCGCCAGAAGUUACCCAAGGUUGUGGUGGCCCAUCACGACCUGGAGAACACCCUGAACUGCAGCUUCAUCGAGCCGCCCUCUGUGGUGGAGCAGCCUUCCCCAUCCUGGUCAUCCCGUGGCUCCUUCUCCUCCUUUGACACCACAGAUGAGGGGCCAGUGUACUGUGUCCCCCAUGAAGAGAGCAUGGGUGACAGCAGGGACAGGGGGACACUGUCCAGCCCCGGGGACAAGCUGGUGGCGCCGGCCAGUGGGGAGGAAGCGGGUGAAUACACCUUCCUGAAGGAGACAGGCUCUAUCAGAGCGUUCCCAGCCGACAGCAGUGAAACACCCCUGCUCAAGUCCUCGGACAGCGAGCGCUCCUCCUGCGGCUCGGGCUCGGCUGGUGCCGCACUCUAUGCCCGGGUUGCCCGUCUCUCCAAGCAGUCCAAGGAGGAGGAGGAUGCCACCACAGAGCCCCGCAGCCCCGGGAAGCCACCAUCCCCAGAAAGGACCAAGCCCCGUCCUCCAGACCCAGCCACAAAGCCCAAAGUCUCCUGGAUCCAUGGCAGGUACAACUCCAGCCAGUCCAACUCGCUGCCAGCACCCAGCCGGUCCCCAGAGCGAGCAGCCGCCCGGUCCAGCAGCCCUGAGCAAGGCCAGGGCUUGGCCAAGAGGAAGAGGAGCCCAAGUGAGACAUCAGCCAGCGUGCAGGGCAGAGCAGAGGAGAAGGGCAGCACGCGGGGCAAGGAGAAAGUGCAGAAGCAACUGAAGGAGCCUGGAGUCUCCGAGGGCAAAGCCAGUCUCAGCAGCGAACCCCAGUCGCCCUCCAAGCCCAAGCAGAGGAGCAAAGCCAGCUCAGAGCCAACAGAGAGCAUCAAUGGGGCGGUGCAGAACGCCUUCCGAAAGAUGGGCACCUUCCAGCCGGAGCGGCGGGUCGGGGACAACAGGGAUGCUCCUCGCAGCCCUGGCACCAGUAAACCCCGCUCCGAGCCCCUCCAUCCCCACCUGGCCUCUGAGCUGGCAGCCCAGCUGAAGGAAAAGACUCAGAGCCUCAACAAGGGGGAUGGAGGCACCCGGGCAAACGGGGUGGGCACCCAACGGGAGAAGCCCACCCCUCCACAGAAGGCCAAGCGCUCGGCGGCUGCCGGCGGCCAGAAGACCAGCAAGCCCUUGCUGCCCACCUCUCCCCACCUGCAAAAACUGAUCCCUGGGGUGUCCGAGCUGGUGGCUGGGGAGCCCAAGCGGGUGGAGAAGCCAAGCACCGGCAGCGGCCAGGACCAGGCUCUCCCCAGUGAACAAGCAGCCAAGAAAACCCCCAUUAAAAAGCCUCCCAGGAAGAAGAGCCGAGAAGCCAGCCUGGAGCCACCCAGGGCAGCUGCUGUGCCCGCUCAGGCAGUGCAGUGACCGGGAGCCAGGCACUGGCCCCGCACCAGCCGGCUGCGUGCCGGAGGAAGGACGUUUGCCAGCAUGGCCAGUGGACGUGGAAGCUGGACUGGGCAGGGGGCACUGGAAGAGCCUUGAGCCUCCAUUUCCCUGCCCCCAUCUCCCUCAUCCCCCUUUUUCCUUUAGUCUCCCCUGCCCCAGGACCUGCUCCUCCCCGCCAAUGCCCUGCUGCCUGCUCCCUGCCCGGGACUGGCAGCUUGCCCUCCCCGUGCAGGGCAGGACCGCAGGGAGCUGGCCCAGCCGCCAACCCGGGGGGCUCCAUGCGUGGCAUGUCGUGUCUGUCCCUGCCCCCCCCAUUUUUUUGUAGCAGUAUUAUCAAUCGCAUAAGCAGUGCUUGUUGUACUAGAGGUACCCACGGUAUAUUCUGCAGUAACGGAGCCACUCACUUCCCACGCCCCACUCGGGUCUGUUGGGCUCGCGGGGCACGGGAGAGGGAGGGUGCUGCUGCUUGGUGCCAGGGACCUGCCCUGCACCCAUCACCGGCAGCAAAGCCCAGCCCUAGCACCCUGGGCUCCGGGCACGGCUCUCCAGUGCCAGUCUGGCCGCAGCGCGCCCUGCCCGGUGUGGGGUCGAGCUGGUUUCGACCGAUGCCGCCCUCCCCUCCACCCCUGGGGUUGCUUCUGGCCAAGAGGAAAGCACUAUUUAUGGCCAGAUCUGGAUGCCUUUUGGGCUCCCAUGUCCCAUCCAGUGGAGUUGGAGGGAUUAGUUUGGUACGACAGAGCCUGGCACAUCUGCAGAGCGCUUUCCUAAUAAAAAUGUAUUUCUUCUGUA